GGCUUGCAUAUACAGGAAGGUUUAUACUAGUACGUAUUGCACAUAGUUUGCCCAAAUUCCCAGUUAAAGUGCUUCAGUCUCUUGCUGUAACACCUGAAUAUCUGAGCAGUAGAGGCAAUGCGAUACACUGUGAAGAAAAUGGAUCCUGAAUUAGAAGUCAAAAUCAAAGAGGCUACGAAGCUGAUUGCAGAGAUGUCUCAAGAUAAACUUCGGUUCAAAUAUUCAUUACAGAUGGUGCAUGGAAGCAAGAGUUUGACAAAGGAAAAGCAGCUUUUGAAAGAUAUGAAACUGAGCCAGCAGGAUGAUAAGUUUGUUACAUUUUGGACUCAAUUGGAACAAGAACUUGAGAUGCAGUUAAGGAAAGUGAUUCUGAAGCCAUUGCUAAUAACAAUGGAGUCAACAGAGAUGUGGAAUUGUAAGGCAAGUGAUUAUGAUGCCAUGGUCAAGAAUAAUGUGAAUGCUAACGCUGCUUGGAAGGGAAUAAUUUCGAGUUCUUCGGGUUUAAAAAAAGCCUUACAGGAGAAAGUUAAGGUUGCUUCUGAAAGAAUAGAAGAAUUAAGAAAAACCCUACUGGCUCUUGGUCUUGGGAAAAUAAUUAGUCAAGUUGAGAGAGAAUCAGAAGCCAUGAAAAGGGGUAUAGAUUCAUGGAGAAAGAGAUUUCCAUAUCAGAUUGUAUACGAGAACGUUUGGAGACACAGUGAUGUGAAUUCCAUGAGGUUGGAAUCUUUAUCAUACUGUUACUACUAUUACUACUGAUUCAGUAGGUUAUCUCGUCUGAUGUGACAUCAAGGGGAACUCACACAAAUUGAAGCCAGUUCCUUCACAAGUAAAUAAAAGAGCUGACAAGGUGCCUGUAAUUUGCUACUUGGGACAAGUCUUCUCUUUCAGAACUCAAAACUAUAUAAGUUUUGAGGUAGUAAAAUUCAAAUAGUACCAGUUACUAAGUGAUAUUGCACAACCUGAAAAGAGAGGGUUUGUUUCUGUUUCUGUAUCAUGGUUUUAGGCUGUAUGUACCUUGUUAAGCUUAAUGUACUACUUUUCUUUCCCAUAUUUAAGCCUUUUGUUGAGUGUUUUUAUUGGCACACUGUAAUGUAAGAGGUGAUGGGAAAAUCUCACUUAUUCACCAUCUUCAUGUAAC